ACAACAUUAGCGUAUACACUAUAUACACACUACACAGUCCUGUUUGUAGUUCGAGAAGUUUAAGUAGAAGCAACCAAAAAAUGAGUUUUUCAUCAGGUUACCCGAAUCAACAGAGAAUACCCACUGUUGUUCCCGCUCAGACUUAUGACCCUUCUGUAGAUGCCGAAGCCAUCAAGGUUGCAAUGGAAAGUUGCCUAAUUAACGAUGUCGCUAUCACCAGAGUCCUUUCCACUAGGUCCAGAGAACAAAGAUUCCAUAUUGCAGUACAGUUCAAAGCUCUAUAUGGAAAGGAUUUGAUCGAACGUUUUGAAAAAAAGUUGUCCGGCAAUUUCAAGAAAUCGGUGAUAGCCUUGAUGACUCCGCUGCCAGAUUUCCAUGCCAAAGAACUGCGUGAUGCCAUUACUGGAGCCACUACGGACGAAGACGCCCUCGUAGAAGUCCUUGGCACCAUGUCGAACCAGGAAAUCAUGGCAAUACGACAGGCGUAUCACGCUCUUUAUCACAGUAACCUGGAGCGUGACAUCAAAGAUGACACCAGCGGCAUCUUCAAACGCCUUAUGGUCUCGCUUUGCAGAGCUUGCAGAGACGAAAACACGCCCGCCAAUCAGGAACAAGCUGAAGAGGACGCGCAGACGCUCUACGAUGCCGGAGAGGGACGCAUAGGCACCGACGAAUCCACCUUCAUCAGGAUCUUUUCCCAUCGCAGCUUUGCACAGUUGCAAUUGAUCUUCAAGGAGUACGAACGAAUCUCAGGACACGGCAUCGAGCAGGCCAUCAAGAAUGAGUAUUCUGGGGAUUCCGAGCAAGGAUUCUUGGCACUUGUGCAAUCCAUAAAGAAUCAGCCGCUGUUUUUCGCGAAGAUGUUGAAUAAGAGCAUGAAGGGACUAGGAACAAAUGAUAGGCAGUUGAUAAGGUUGAUGACGUCUAGAUGUGAGAUUGAUAUGGAAGACAUCGCGAGAGAGUAUCAAGCGAAAUAUGGCGAGCCUUUGUUAGAUGCGAUCGCAGGGGACUGUUCAGGAGAUUACAGAAGGUGCUUGGAAGCUCUCAUUCGAGGUCCUUGUUAGCUUUUAUUCAAUACAGCCAUACAUGUGCAACGCCGCAAAUAUUUUUACUACAUAUAUUCUAUAUUUCAAGAUAUUGUGAUAUAUUAAUCUAUAAAACAUUCGUUUUUACAUUGCGAGAAUUUCAUCAUUCCGCUGAUU